AUGGGUAACAGUGGAAGCAGAACAGAACUACAGCAUCAGCUCAGGCGGCUGCUUGAACAACAAGGCACUGCCAUUAAGUCUAGCACUGCACAGCAGUUCUUGGACAUAAUUAAUACAGCUAGCCCCUGGUUCCUUUCCGGAGGAGGUCUGAACAUUCCCGAUUGGGACCAGGUAAAGAGGGACCUGCAAAAACAACUCCAUAAGCAAGGCCCCGACGCCUUCCCUAUAGAGACAUUUUGGCUGUGGAGGCUAGUAAAUGAUGCACUGUGGAGUGAAAAAGUUAGAAUAAAAGCUGAAUUAGGAGCAGCCCGGGGAGUGUGGCAGGAGGUACAGGAGGAGGAGACUCGUCGCUCCCUGAGCAACGGUCCACUUUCAGAUCGCCCCUCGCCUUUACCUCCUGAGAAGGAUUGGGAGGACCGGGGAGGGCCAAUUCCAGAUAGUGAGGAAGAGAGUGAGGACGAGGAAGGCAUAUUGAGACAAGAGAUAAAAGACCUCCGCCGCCGCAUUAAAGAACUGGAAACCGUGGAGAAUGCGGCCCCACCGGUGGUACCAUCCACUCCCCCGCUACAACCUCCAGCGUAUGCGGCCUGGGAAGGACAUAUUCCAGCCCCGGAGGAGGCAGUGGAGGGCAUGGGUCCAACAGAGGGAGUAAGGUUUUGCCCCUUAGUCAUGCCAGUCAUGGAAGUCCCAGAUCCAGAUAAUCCUGGACAGGUAAUCAGGCAACAUCAGGCUUUGCCCUUUAAGGAGGUUAAGGCAAUGAAGGAAGCAGUGUGCUCCUAUGGCCCCCAGGAACCAUUCACAUUAACCGUGUUUGAAAGUUUUGCAGCAUUAGAUUUGACACCCAGUGACUGGCAACAACUGUGCCGGGCGGUGCUUAUGGGGGGAGACUACUUAUUAUGGAAAGGAGAAUAUUAUGAAGAAUGUCUCUGCAUAGCCUGGCAUAAUGCUAAUGCUGGACAAGCCCACAGGAAUUUGGAUAUGCUACAGGGCACUGGUGCCUAUAAUACCUUGCAGGCACAAAUUGCAUAUGACCCCGGAGUAUAUGCCCAAAUUGCUAGUGCAGCCAGCCGGGCUUGGAAAGCCCUUCCAAAUAAAGCGGCUGGGGAACAUUUGUCUAAAGUACUUCAAGGCCCCUCCGAGCCCUUUGCAGAUUUUGUGGAUAGCUUAAUACAAUUGGCAGGGAAGAUUUUUGGAGACGUUAACACGGAUAUGCCAGUAAUUCAGCAGUUGGCCUAUUAA